AUGCGUGGUCGUCUGCGUGCUCUCGAUCGUGAAGACAUCGAUUGCCUGCUUCACCUUGUAAGGCAGAAUCCUGACUAUUUUUUGGAUGAGCUCAUGCACCUCCUCGCGACAAACCAAUUCAUAUCUGUCCAUUUCACGACAAUCUUCCGCAAGCUCGAACGUGGUGUAAGGAUCUUUGUGGGCUGGGACUGCUCAGGCUCGUUAUCUUCGUCAUCAGAGUCAGAGUCAGGUUCCUCUUCCUCCGAAAGUUCUUUCAUUCGAAUAUCGUCCUCAUCGGACCCAUUGGAAUCAAGGUCACUGUCAUGCUCUAGCAGGCUCUUGUUUAUAAACGGCAUGAUGAUAAUGAAUUACAGGGGAUGUGAGUGUACAAUGAGCAAAAUUUCACUAAGUCUAACAUUUCCUAAUUGA